GAGAUGAAAUUAAGCAGUGCGCGUCCGCAAAAAUUCGUAUCGAUUGGAUUAGUCGCCCUUCCACUUCCUCCCUUCCUCCUCCCUCUCCUACAUCCCCAAAAGCCUUGAAAAAUGGCACCAUCCGCAUCUAAGCAGAAACGUCUUGCAGAAAAAGCAGCCAAGCAGGCAUCCAGGGUUGGCGCUCCCAAUGGUUCCACUACCGGCUCGACACCCACAGGAUCGGUCACUGGCAGCGCAACCAACACUCCGCUUACCAGCAUGUCCGCCGCCACCAGUCAGGAGGAUCUCAUUUCGAUGGCCAAGCUUCAGAUCGCGACUGACCGGAGCGCGGCGGGUGUUCUCGUCUCGGACGUAAAGGGCCGCGACAUCAAGAUCGAUCAAUUCACGCUCUCUUUCCAUGGUCGCCUUCUCAUCGAGGGCGCAGAGAUCGCCCUCAACUACGGCCAGCGAUAUGGUCUCCUUGGCGAGAAUGGUUCCGGCAAGUCCACCUUCCUUCAAUCCAUCGCCGAGCGCGACAUAGAGAUCCCCCCACAUAUCGACAUCUACCUCGUCCGCGGCGAAGCCGAGCCUUCAGACGUCAACGCCGUCGACUUCAUCGUCGCCUCCGCUCGCGAAAAGGUCGCCAAACUCGAGGCUCGCAUCGAAGCUCUCUCACUCGAGGACUUGGUCGACGAUGCUGCUCUGGAGCAGUGCUACGAGGAGCUCGAGGAGAUGGACCCCUCCACGUUCGAGACCAAGGCCGGUUCCAUCCUCCACGGUCUCGGCUUCUCGCAGACGAUGAUGGCCAAGCCGACUAAGGACAUGUCCGGAGGAUGGCGUAUGCGUGUCGCCCUUGCACGCGCGCUGUUCGUCAAACCGCACCUCCUGUUGCUUGACGAACCGACGAACCAUCUUGAUCUGGGCGCCGUCGUCUGGCUAGAAGCAUACCUCUCGACGUACAACCACAUCCUCGUCAUCACGUCGCACUCGCAGGACUUCAUGGACAGCGUCUGUACGAAUAUCAUGGAUCUGACGAUGAAGAAGAAGCUCAUUUACUACACCGGUAACUACACGACCUAUGUCCGUACCAAGGCGGAGAAUGAGGUCAACCAGAUGAAGGCGUACAACAAGCAGCAGGAGGAAAUUGCCCAUAUCAAGAAGUUCAUCGCCUCCGCUGGUACAUACGCCAACCUUGUCAAGCAAGCCAAGUCAAAGCAGAAGAUUAUCGACAAGAUGGAGGCCGCCGGGCUCAUCGAGAAGGUCGAAGUCCCCCGCCCGCUCCACUUCAACUUUGAGGACGUCCGAAAGCUUCCGCCACCAAUUAUCGCAUUCAACGAGGUCGCGUUCUCGUACUCAGGCAAGAAGCAGGAAUAUCUAUACGAGAACCUCUCCUUCGGUAUUGAUAUGGACUCCCGUGUUGCCAUUCUCGGCGCGAACGGUGCAGGCAAGUCCACCCUCCUGAACCUCAUCACAGGCGUUCUGCAGCCGUCUCAGGGCUCCAUCUCGAAGCAUGCGAGCUUGAAGCUGGCCAAAUACUCGCAGCACUCGGCCGACCAACUUCCCUACGACAAGUCGCCGAUCGAGUACUUCCAAUCGAUCUUCAGGGAGAAGUAUCCCGAGAAGGACGCGAUGGCGUGGAGACAGCAGCUCGGGCGGUUCGGCCUCAGCGGCGCACAUCAGACAAGUGUGAUCAGCAAUCUUUCGGACGGUCUGCGGAACCGUGUCGUGUUUGCUCAACUCGCCAUGGAGCACCCGCAUAUUCUCCUGCUCGAUGAACCUACGAACCAUUUGGACAUGGAAUCUAUCGACGCACUCGCGCGCGCGAUCAAGGCGUUUGAGGGCGGUGUCGUGAUCGUGUCGCACGAUUUCCGUCUCAUCUCGCAAGUCGCCGAGGAGCUCUGGGAGGUCGCCGAUAAGACGAUCCGGAACCUUACCCGUGAAGAUAUCACGAUUGUGGACUACAAGAAGAACCUUGUUCGGCAAAGUCAGAGUCAGCUCGAAAAGGCCAAACUCAUCAGCAAGAAUGCGACCAAGGGCAAGACUUAAAAGACCACUGUAACCAAAAACGACGCGCGUUCAUCCGCUGUGGUGCGCCGUUCGCUGGCGUGUCUUCAUGUAAUACUAUAUUUAUGUAUGCAUGGACUGCGCUGUACGUCCUAGUAGGCUUGCUAUACUUGCGCACAGUGUACACGCUGCUCUUCCUGCUCUCGAGCCCCGGGUCUGUCUCCUGUUGUCGCAUCUCUUACCCUCAUUUUCUAGAUAGUUGUAGAUCAUUCGCAUCUGUAAUUUCUCUUAUUAGUCUAUGUUUCAAUACGCAUGUUUCG